CUUCUUCCUACACAAAAAUUAAUUAUUUCCAACGAUCUCUCUAGAAUAUUCAUACUCUCUCUCCCUCCAAAGAUGAAGCUCUCUAAACGUAUUCUUUCAGCCCUUCUCAUGAUCUCUUUUAUCCUUAUUGCUGCUACUACAGAGAUGGGUUUGUCGAAGAGAAUAUGCAAGGCACAGAGCGACAGUUUCUCAGGUGUGUGCUUUACCAAUAACAAUUGUGCCAUCAUCUGUCAACUAGCCGAGCAAUUUGAAGAUGGUCAAUGCGAAUUCGAUGUACCCUUCCCUCGAUGUGUAUGCACCAAAGCCUGUUAAAGAACCAUUUGUAUUUCAGACUUCUCUCUUUAAUAAUUGCUAUGUGGUUGUUGGAGAAUAUUUAUAUAUAACUAUAUAUAUAAAGAUAUUGAAUUACAGACACCCUUUGUUAAAAAUUUUGUUC